AUGGGUGAUCACAUGAAUAAGGAUAUGCAGGAAAAACCAAUCUUAGCAGCUCUUGAAGAUUUAUACCAAGGAAUCCCAGAUGAAUCCGUAAACCUCACCUUUCAAGACCUUGCUGAAGUUAACACAUCAGAAAAGAGAAAACCCACAGCAACUUCAACAACAACAACCAUAGCACCUUCAAGCUCCCUAGCCAAACUACCUAGUCUUGAUUUCACCAAAGGCUUGCAAGGUUGUAGUCAACACCGCGUACAGGACUUUGGCUAUGGAGAGUCAUCACCGUGGGAUUAUCCUGGUCAUUUUAGCCACCAUGCUGGUGGUGGCGCGCAAAGACAAAUCCCUCAAUGCAUGGCCAAUGGAGAUGAUCAUUCGAAGUAUGGUGUGAGCUUUGAUGGUGUAAGUGUUGCUUCGGGAAGAGCUACUCGAAGACGUCGACCUGGGAUUCCACACUCAAAGAUUUGUGCAACUUGUAAUACCUAUAUUUACCUAUUCCGUACUAGAUGUCUGGUGUGUGGCAGGGUUUAUUGCAGGCAAUGCGUAGAAAUAGGAAUGGGAGAGAUGGUAGAAGGAAGAAAGUGCAUUGAGUGUCUUGGUUUGAGAUUCAGUCAUAGGUAUAUAGAAAGAGCAGGAAAUGUAGGGUGCUGUAGUUGGAGGUAUCCAAAGACAUUGAAACAGGUUGAGUUAAAGUGUGCUGAGAAAGGACCAAGAAGAAGUGGAAAAUAUGGUCACAGUGGGAUGCCAAACUCAAGAUCACUAAGUCCAAAUAAGUGGAGAGAAAGUAGGAAGAGAGUUCAAUUGUGUUGUGUGACAAAACUACAAGCUUUUGCCAAACAGAUGCAAGAUCCAUCUUCAAACCCUAAUUCCAAUCCCAAUCCUCACAAUGCCAAUGCGGCAUCCCAGCUACCACGACCGCCGCCGUCCACGGCGGCCACCACCGCCGGCGCCGGCGCCUCUUCGUCCUCGCUCUUCCCGCGCUCCGGCGGGUCUCACCACCGGCGAGCCCACUCGGAGAUGAGUUUCCGGCUGCCGGACGACUUGAUGGACCUGUCGCCGUCGGAUCCGUUCGCCGGCGGGUCAUCAACGGCGAGCAUGGAGGAGAUCGGAUCCGAGGAUGACCUGUUCUCAACGUACAUUGAUGUGGACAAACUCGGAGGCUCGAACGGGUCGGGCACCGCCGGAAACGGAGCGGAUCCGACCGGAGAACGGGAGAAGAGUCCCACGAGGGCGCGGCACCGGCACAGUAGUUCGGUCGAUGGCUCUUCGUCGUUCGGCGAAAUAAUGGAAGCGAAGAAGGCUAUGCCACCUGAUAAGUUAGCUGAGCUAUGGACAAUUGAUCCCAAGCGUGCUAAGAGAAUACUUGCAAAUCGGCAAUCUGCUGCUCGAUCCAAAGAGAGAAAAGCGCGUUAUAUACAAGAACUUGAGCGCAAGGUUCAAACUCUUCAGACGGAAGCCACAACUCUUUCUGCCCAGUUGACAUUAUACCAGAGGGACACAACAGGCCUGAGUACUGAAAAUACAGAGCUUAAGCUCCGUCUGCAAGCCAUGGAGCAGCAGGCACAGCUUCGUGAUGCCCUUAAUGAAGCAUUGAAAAAGGAAGUUGAGAGACUUAAGGUUGCUACUGGUGAGAUGAUGAGCCCCACUGAAUCCUUUAAUCUGGGAAUGCACCAUAUGCCGUUUACAGGAUCAACUUUCGGUUCAAUCCCGUCACAAUCAGGUCCUUCUGGUCACCAGAACAUCCAGUUGUCACCAUUUGGUCACUCCCCAUCCACAAUGCGGACUCAUCAACUGCAUCAAACAACUUCUCAUCCACUUACAGAUUUAUUGCAAAAUGACCAGCUUGGUCGUUUCCAGGGGCUUGACAUUAGUAGCAAAGGAUCAACUCUGGUGAAGACUGAAGGCCCCUCGCUUUCUGCAAGUGAGAGUAGCACUACAUUUUGA